AUGGUCAACCUUUCGGAAGUGCCACGGUCAGAUCUCUUCAGCAUCAGGGAAGUCCCGGGCGCUGGAAGAGGAGUCUUUGCGACACGGGAUAUCGCAAAUGGGACGGAGGUGCACGUCGCUAACGAUCUGUCGGCACAUGUUCUCUUCAGGGAAUAUCGCAAUGAAGUGUGCUGGCAAUGUUUUCUGUACGACCGUGGCAGAAAACUCCCUGUCCGUGACCCGGAUCACGGCCUGUCAUUCUGUUCCGAGGAUUGCCAAACGGAAUGGAAAGGCCGGUAUAGUCCGGGUUGCUUGCAGGCAUGGCGCGAACUGGAGAUGCAGGUUAAAAAGUCGGGCACGAACUCAGACGAGUUUGCGGCCGCCGUGGCCCCGACAAGGUCAGAAGUCGAGACCAAAUGGAGCAUGGCCGAACUGUCCGUGAAACGGAUCCGCGGUGCUCCUAGUCAGCGUCACUCGAAGCAGGAGCUGUCGAGGUUGUUGGCAGCAUCGAUAAAACAAGGUCGGUUCUCAGCAGACGUCGUAUCGUUCCAGAUCAACGCCACCCUGGCCCAACACAUCGACCCGGGGCAAUGGGAGGCCAUCCUGGCGCUGGAAGGGGAGGCUCACCCGUACAGAUCGACUGUGGACCUGGAGCGACACAUCGCAUCAUACUACUUCCUGGCGCUUGUCCUCCCGGACGAGCUAGCCCGGAUCGCCAGCGCAGAGAUGCUGAGCACGAUCAAGAGGCAGGAGGUGCGGAACAGCUUUGGUAUACGCUCGCUGGACGACGAGGGAAGCGAGUUCUUCGGCUGGGGGGUGUGGCCGUCUGCGAGCUACUUCAACCACAACUGCGACCCCAACACGGACAAGGAGCGAGUUGGGAGGGCCUGGGUGUUCAGGGCCAAGAAGGACAUUGCUGCAGGCGAGGAGAUCUGCAUCUCGUACUUGGGCAAGGACAUGAGCAUUCUGCAGGAGGAACGCAAUGCGCUGCUGAAGAAGACGUGGGGUUUCGACUGUAUCUGCCAGCGCUGCAAAGGCGACGACAAGUAG